ACAGGAGGACGGUCGCCAUCUCUGCGUAAACACCGUUCCCAUAUCACGCAGUUGAUAUUCCAGUGUGUGGACUGGAGCAGUAAAGAAGCAGCUACAGAAGGCGGGGGCUAUGCUGCCUGCAGCAGCAGCAGCAGCAGCGACCAUAGAGGACACAUACGGCGGCUUCAGAGCAGGACUGACGCUUUUGUUCGCCUCCUCACACCCGAAAACGAUCCUCGGUGCGCCUUCCUCUCGUUGAACCUUUUUUCCCCCUCUCAUUCUAUUGUUUUUUUUUUAAGCCGAUGGGACUCGUACGGUUGCCAUAAAAUGGGAUUUUAAUGGUGCACGUAGCAGCAGGCUGUGCACAGCCGGGGGACCGUAGCUGGAGCAGCGCGCCGGGUGAUGAUCGCCGAGGAAUAACAGCGCUGCAGCCCAAGGUGCGCAACAUCUCGUUUCCAUGGACAACACGUCCAUAAUAACACAGGUUGCAAAUCCGAAAGAGGAGGAGAGCAUCUCAUCGAGUCAAGAUAAAGUCUCCCAGUCCAACAGCAGUCUAAAGAAGCACAGAAGCAGGAGCAUUUUUAGCCCUUUCUUUUGCUGCUUCCGGAACUACAAUGACUACCAUGUGGAGGCACCGCCCGCCAAUAACAAGACACUUUCACUGCCCCCACCUCCAGAGGAGAACGGUAGUCCUCCUAAGCCUCCAGCCAAGUUCCUCCUGCCUGAGGUCAGCAUAGAUGAUUAUGGCAAGAACUGUGUGGUGAUCGACCUGGAUGAAACCCUUGUACACAGCUCUUUUAAGCCCAUCAGUAAUGCAGAUUUUAUCGUCCCAGUAGAGAUCGACGGCACUGUUCAUCAGGUAUAUGUGUUGAAGAGACCCCAUGUUGAUGAAUUCCUCCAGAAGAUGGGGGAGCUGUUUGAAUGUGUUCUCUUCACAGCCAGCUUAGCCAAGUAUGCUGAUCCUGUGGCAGACCUGCUGGACAAGUGGGGGGUGUUUCGCAGUCGGCUCUUCAGGGAAUCUUGUGUUUUCCACAGAGGAAAUUACGUCAAAGACCUGAGCCGGCUGGGUCGAGAGCUCCAAAAAGUCAUCAUCAUAGACAACUCGCCUGCCUCGUACAUCUUCCACCCUGAGAAUGCAGUCCCAGUGCAGUCCUGGUUUGAUGACAUGACAGACACAGAGCUGCUGGAUCUGAUCCCUUUGUUUGAGGGUCUCAGUAAAGAGGAGGACGUUUACAGCCCUUUACAGACCUUGAGGAACAGGUAGCAGAAAAGAAAGUGCUUCUUCAGGGGGAAGCUUCACCUCUCUGCCACGGUCCUUCAGCCCCGCUCCCUUUUUCCUAUCAGGAGGGCAGCCAGUCUGAGCAUUCAAGGCAGACUGCUUUGAAUUUUAAGAAAAAUCAUUUCAAUGACUGUGGAUUCUUUCCAUCUGUUGUCUCCUGGAUUCAUUCGACAGGACUCAUGCUGAUAAAAUAUUAUUAUUAUUACUGUAUGUACAUAGUAAAUGUUUCUAUGAGUAAGAUACACACAAAAUAACUUUUCUAUCAGAGAGAAGCAGUUUUACUAUUCUAUCAAGAGUCUAUCAAGUAAUAUUUUAGUUACCAAAAAAUAAAAUCUAAGUCAUGUUUUUUUUUUUUCAAGAUCGUAUGAGCUUUACUUUCUUUGUGUUGUGUGUUUAGUUUCAACAACUGUGAUUUUAACUUAUCUUACAGAAUGAAGUGCCUUCAUUACUGUGCUGAUUUUAGUUCACUUUUUUAAAAGGUUAAUUAAAGGACGGUGGGUAGGGGGGGUUGAAUUGGAAGUAUUUUAAAUUUGUAAAUCUAAAAAUGUAUGUUGCAAACAAGCUUUUGUAAAAUGAAAAAAGUCUGAUAUUUAUCAAAACUACCCUGUUUUGUUUUUUUCCUUAGCAUUAAAUUGAUAAAUUCGCCAAAGACAUUUGCAAUUUAAUGUGGUCUCUGUCUCAUCAGCAGUAAAGCUCUGACCCCCAUCAAAACAAAAGUCCUGGUUUGUUUAACCACAAAAAAUAAAAAGAACAGGUUUGUGAUCACUGCUAGAUGUUAACUUUCUGAUGAAUCUUAGAAAUGAAAGAAGUUUGCUUAAUCACUUUAAAUUAAUGAGGUUUAAGAUUUUAUCAGGAUAUGAGUAUUGGGUUUAUUGUGAAGAAAUGCUGUUAUAACUGUACUGUACAACAUGAUUAAAGUUGCAAGUUUGCACACUG